CAGUUUCAUAAUUUCCAGCAACAUCUUGGGUAAAAUAACAAACACAUUACAGAUGCAACAGGGCACUCGGGUGCACAUAUGGCACAAUGACGGCGUAGUAGCCGUGUGAUGCAUUUCGUGGCCCACAGACGACCUCCCGAGUGCACGUCCACUGACGCGGUGAGACACUGUCCGUUAAAGGCAAGUGAUCACAAUGCGGCCCUUUUAUCGCGCCGAACCAGAACACUGCGCUUCAGCAGACAGCUGACACUCAGGCAGACCCUCCCAUGUGACCUGCACUAUUCCCGGUCUUGCCCCUAAAAAUAGAUACACUCUGGGGUAACGCUAACAGAAUUGCGAAGGUUGGGGGGCUAGUGCAUAACAAUUCUCAGACAGAAGAGUGAUUCACGAUUCGAUCUCAGGAAAUAGCAUGAAAGAGUAGGGACCUGACUUGUGUACCACGUGAGGCUUAUGACAAUGACAGCCACAGAUGACCAUCUUGUAUCAUGAAACGGAUGAGCACGUCUAUCCUCAUCUCUCAGUUGACACACGCGUAGCCUGUUUCCGCUGUGUGUGUCCUUGUUGAACAAAGCCGGACUGUUGUCCCUCCUCUGACUGGGAGGUGCCGGAGUCACCAUGACAGGGGUGACGGUGUGUUUCGGUACGGUGAACUCCAUCAAAACCCUCUGGGAGACCAGGAUAAAAAAAUGCAGGGAGGAUCAGCAGAAGCAGCAGGAUCUGAAGGAGAGGGCAGCGGUGGGCAGGCUGGCACAUGCCUGGGAGGAUCGAAUCUCCUUGGCCAAGCUGAAGGACAAAGUGGUAACGGAGGAUGGGAGAGUGAUCUUAAGGAUAGAGAAAGAAGAAUGGAAGACCCUGCCUCCAGUGCUGGUGCAGCUCUCUCAGGUCCAGGAGUGGCAGCUGCACCGGACCAGCCUGCAGAACAUCCCACGCUUCAUCGCCAGCUUCCAGCACCUCAUCGUCCUCGACCUGUCCCGCAACGUCAUCACGGAGAUCCCCAAAGAGAUUGGUAAGAUGACCAGGUUGAGAGAGCUGCUACUGAGCUACAACCGGCUGAACUUCAUCCCCGAGGAGCUCUGCUGCUGCGAGAAUCUGGAGAAGCUGGAGCUGGCUGUCAACAGGAACCUGGACGAGCUGCCCACACAGUUGAGUAAACUGACCAAGCUGUACCACCUGGACCUCUCCAUGAACCAGUUCACCAGCAUUCCUGACAGCGUGGUGGACCUGCCAGCCCUGGAGUGGCUGGACAUGGGCGGCAACCGGCUGGAUCACCUGCCGGAGAACAUCCACAAGAUGGAGAAGCUGCACACACUGUGGCUGCAGAGGAACGAACUGGAGGUCCUGCCUGACAACAUCGGCUACAUGCACAGCCUCGAGACGCUGGUGCUGAGCAGCAACAAGCUGAGGGACAUUCCUGCCUUGAUGGAGGGCAUGAGCAACCUCAGGUUCGUGAACUUCAGAGACAACCCAUUGACACUAGACGUGUCACUUGCCAAGCAGGACGCAGCCAUGGUAGACGAGGAGGAGGAUGACCAGGAGAUGUUCGGAAAAGACUUCAUGCACGCCUACAUCAAGGAGGCUCGCAAGAGAGAGACCCAGACAAAAUACACCACAGUAUUAAACGUGACCAUCAGCCCUGGGCCUGACGCGGCACCUGCACUCUAACAUGCUGUGUGCUCCCCAUAUCUGCCAGUGCCUGUCGCUGUUUCCUGUCAGUGCUGUCCCGUCUGU